AUGAUCACCUCAACCAGAAGAGUGUCUCCCGAUAAAUCUGAAGUUAGGAUCGCCUUCAGCCUCGAUGAAAGCUCAGAUGUAAAAGAUGUGGGAGACCUCGCAAAGACUUUCCCAGACCUCGAACAGCGAUUACAGCCAGUUCCCCCCUGUGGGUCUCGGAGAGAGAGUGUGCAGGUGUACAAGGAGCACUGCAGGAUGGCCAGAGAGUUCCACCAGGUCAAACAUGAGAUGUCCCUGCUGGAGGACCGCAAGCGUAAGCUGCUGGCGGAGCUGGUGGAGGACGAGAAGGUGGCCGUGCAGAUCGCCCGUCUGGAGGAGGAGUUCCGGCGUCUGGCGGAGGAGAACCGCAGCUUGGUGACUGUCCACAACGAGCGCGCCCAGCAGCUGGAGAGUCUCUGCCUGUCUGACCCAACCAGUCGCGACUCCUCCUCGUGA